CUAUUCACGAAGAGGCAGCGCCAGCUCUUAUCCUCGAGCUAAUCAGCAAGGCUAAUAUGGAGGCCUUGAUGGCUUUGGACGACAAAGGCAAUACCCCGUUACAUCUGGCAGUUGCAUACGAGCGAUGCACCGAUGCAGGGCUGAGUGUUGUCAAGGCAUUGAUUGAUUUCUGUGAUAAGGCACUGGAUGCGCAAACCAGUACCACAAAUCGACUCUCUCCAUAUCGUUAUCAUCUGUUUACCAGGGCGGAAGCGGGGGCCAAGACGUCUGGACGCAAACACGUGGAGCAACAACAGCCCCAAGGUAUUAAGGAAGCCAGUUUGCCAGUCAAUAAGGGAAGUAUGGCCAAGGAUAACGUUAUGCUUCCUCCUAGCCUAGCACCGAUGAGCUUGCCUGGGCCAGAUCACAAACUACCAUCCGAUGACUAGGCCUACCCCGACGAAGCAAUACCCUGAGUGAGCUUCAUCCGUCACCGAAGGAUCAAUCAGGAUCCAUAGGAGAUUUGGCCUUUGUAACAGCUUUGGCAGUGCACGACAAACCUAUAACUAUUAACAAAUCUGUCAAACUUGCAGACGGCACGGC